AUGAGGAUUUCAAUAGCCGUCUGGCUAGUGUCACUGAUCCAGGUGGUCUACGGUUUAGAAUGGAGUGACAUUAUCCAGUUCAGAGACCAGGAUGGACUGAUAGAAGUCAACAACGCUAAUUAUCACACACUUUCGCAGGGCUCGAGAUCUUUUUAUUCAAUUGUUUAUGUCACCACGUCGCAAACGAAUAGCAAUGGCGAAGCCUGUGAUUUAUGCCAGGAGUUUGAAACCAGCGUACGCAAGGUUUCCCAUGCAAUGCUAGAUCAAUUGACGGAAGAAAUCAACCAAGAAGCAUUUUUCUUCAAACUGGAUGUUUCACAUUGCACACAAUUUGUGCAAGAUAUAGGCUUGAAAACGAUACCGCAUAUGCUGGUGUUUCCACCUCAUGUCCAGGAUGAGGAAUUUUCUUGGUCAAAAAGCCAGUUUUUCCAGUACAAACUCACCCCAGAAACCGUUAAGGACUCACUCUUGUUCGCGGACUUUCUGGCCAAGAUUCUGGGCGUUUACAUUCAAAUGACCAAGGAUUUCGAUGCAAACGAGUUCUUGUACUAUUUUGCAGCGUCCCUUACCGCAUUUUACAUUUUAAAGAAAAAGAUUCUGCCCCGUAUAUCACAUAAAGCCUCGUUCUUCUCGCUGUGCUUUUCGUUAGCUUGCAUCCUGAUAUCCAUCACUGGCUACAAGUUCACACAAAUGAAUAAUAUCCCUCUGAUAGCCAGAGAUCAAAAAGGGCAAAUAAUGUUUUUCAGCGGGGGUAUGGGUUGGCAAUUUGGCAUCGAAAUCCUUUCCGUAUCGGGCAUGUACAUUUUGUUGGGCGGGUGUACCGUUUUCCUGAUUCUGCUGCCUCGAUUGAAGCUGACACCUGCAUUUUUCAAUACGGUCACUUUAACUCUACUGGCAUUGGGCGCGUACGGGUUUUAUUACUUUGUUGAAUGCUUCAAAGUCAAGCAGCCUGACUAUCCAUUUGGAUUAUGA